UUCAAGAAGAAGAAGAAGAGAACCGAAUAGAAGAAGAAGAAGACAAUAAAAACAGCCGGAGCUUGGAAGAUCAAAGUCUCGUUAUCAAAGACAUUUGUUGGUGUCCCUUUAAGCAAUGAUGUUGCACGGCUUCAGGAGCAGCAAGCAGGAUUUCACAUUUGGAUCAUGGAAGGUGACCGCAGCCAAAAACCACAUCAUGAAGUCUAAAGACGUUGAACGGUUAUCAGAUGAACUGAACAUGCCUUCACUUCCUGAGAUGUUGUUUGGCGAUAACGUCCUGCGGAUCCAGCAUAUGGACGGCUACGGCAUUGAAUUCAAUGCCAUUGAUGCUCUUAAGCGAGUCAACAAUAUGGAAGACACUGUGAAGGUAGCCUGUGCUCAAGAAUGGCAGGAGAGCAGAGCCGAUUCUGAACACUCCAAAGAAGUGCUGAGGCCUUUUGACUGGACAUUUACCACAGACUACAGAGGAACCCUGCUAGGAGAAGAUGUCCAGAUGAAGGCUGCUAGCACAGAGGAGCGCAUCGACAUAGAGAAGCUGAAAGCACGGGAACACAUCAUGUUCUAUGAAGAGGUUUUGCUCUUUGAAGAUGAACUUCAUGACCACGGCGUCUCAACAAUAAGUGUCAAAAUUAGGGUGAUGCCAUCCAGUUUCUUCCUAUUGCAGCGUUUCUUCCUACGUGUGGACGGAGUCAUGAUUAGAAUAAACGAUACCCGACUUUAUUAUGAGGAUGGAAGGGAUUACAUGCUGCGGGAGUUCAGCACAAGAGAAAACACAAUAGCAGAACUUAAGGUUUUGAAGUCAGAGGCUUAUCUGGAUUACAUUGCAAAGCGACUGAAGCUGGAUUUAAUCAACCAUGCAGCAAAGGAAGGGUGCUCCUCUGAGAACAAUGUGAUGGGGAUGCUGGAAAAUCUCAGAUAUAUCAAGGAAAAACAUUCACUUCUGAGGGAUCAGAUCAGUAAGAUCGCCGAUGCUCAGAAAGAAUCGAUGGAGACCAUCAGGAAAAGGCAGAGCAGGGCCAUGGAGCUGCUGAAGGAAUGUCAGGAAGCGUCAGAUUUAAAGGCUGAAUCAUUCGAAGGAUUGGGGCAAGAAUCCUCCAUGUUCCUGGAUUGGUCGGAUCACAGCUGAUGCUUAAAAGUGUAAAGCUCAACUGGAACUUUAGAGGCAACUUUUUUUUUAAACGUUUUUGUAACUAUAAUAAAAGCUGAAACAAAGUCA